AGAACUUCCUCAAUUAACGUACAUUUUUAUAAUAUUUAUGUCUAAAGCUUACAGAUAAUUUUUAGUGCUCAAACCUAAAGCAGUUGUUGUGCUUAAUCACGUAGACUGGAGCACACUCCGUUUCGGGGGGGUGUCCUGUAGUAGUGUGUGGAGCAGCUGCGGAGCCGCAGACAGACCUACUUGUCGUCAUAUCCCCAGACAGACACGGGCCAGUGUCCCACCGAUGAAAACACACCUUUAACGGGCUUGUUUACAAGGGGUUAACAGGCACUCGGUUCAUCAUGGCCCAGAACCAGGUGAUCCUGCAGUUCCGCUUCGCAACAUUUGGAGACACCAUGCUGCAGAAGAUGAACCUCCUACGGCACCAGAGGCGCUUCUGCGAUGUCAUUGUACGCAUCAACCAGUUGGAGGUCCCUGGUCACAAGGUAGUGUUUGCUGCAGGCUCCUCUUUCUUGAGGGACCAGUUCAUCCUACAGCAGGACUCCAGGGAGGUCCAGAUCUCCAUGAACCAGGAGGCGGAGGUGGGCCGGCAGCUGCUGCUUUCCUGCUACACAGGUCAGCUUGAGUUCCCUGAGCUGGAGCUGGUGCAUUAUCUGACUGUGGCUAGCUUCCUCCAAAUGGGCCACAUUGUGGAGCAGUGCACUCAAGCUCUCAGCAAGUUCAUCAAACCUCUGCCUGCACGGCAGCUAGAGAUGGAUGUGGAUAUGAGGAGAGAGGAGGGUUUGUCCUCCCAGGCUCAGAGAGAACAAGAGCGUUCUCAGGUUCGGACUGUCCAUCAGGAAGAUGAGGAGUUGGAGCAGGUUGAGGAUGACAACAAUGGUGACGAUGAUGACGACGACGACGAAGAUGAUGAUGAUGAUGAUGUGAUCAUACAGCCUAAGUCUCCUCCACAGAUCUUAGGCAGACGUCCAAGGCACAGUACGAUGGAGAGUGACAUCACUAUAGUAAAAGUGGAGUCUGUGUCGGACGUAGCAGAAAACUCCAUCACUGGCCACUUCCCCACCAGCCCACCUGCUUCCCUGCACUCCCCUGAGCCUCAGCACUCCCUCAUCAACUCCACUGUGGACAGUCGUGGCAGUGAGAUGGCGGUUCCACCCGGCGUGUCAGGAUACCCGCUCAGUCCCCCUCCUCCAUCUCCUCCUGCAGAGAAACAUAGCGGGCACCAGAGGAACUAUGACAAACCUCUCCAGUGGUACCACCAGUGCCCGAAAUGCGCCCGGGUCUUCCGUCAGCUGGAGAACUAUGCCAACCACCUCAAGAUGCACAAGCUGUUCAUGUGCCUCCUGUGUGGCAAGACCUUCACGCAGAAGGGCAACCUGCACCGACACAUGCGAGUUCACGCCGGCAUCAAGCCCUUCCAGUGUAAAAUCUGCGGUAAGACCUUCACCCAAAAGUGUUCUUUGCUGGAUCACCUAAACCUACACAGUGGAGACAAGCCGCACCGCUGCAACUACUGCGACAUGGUUUUCGCUCAUAAACCAGUUCUCCGCAAGCACCUCAAACAGAUCCAUGGUAAAAACAGCUUUGACAACGCAAACGAAGGCAGCCUGCAUGACGGAGGGCUGGACUUUGAUUUUAGUCAAAUCUGAAAUCUGUGGACAUUUUUAUUCGUAGCUUUGUUGGAUGCCAUGAGUCAUUACAGGGGGAAUGAGACUUUCGACAUGGGACACUACUCCACUGAGUCAUCCUGAGUAGUUCAAGAACAGUUUAUAUGAAGCUGGAGUAUUACUGCCUGUUAUUCUUUCGCAUUGUUAAAGAGAGACAGAUGAGUGAACAUCAGGCUUCAUCCUCAUUCUGAUGAGUUUAACUGGAGAACAUAAAUAUGAAAGAAGAAUAGGUCUACAUUUCACUGUAGCUUCAUUACUGUGGACUAUUUUUUUAAAUUGUUUUCUACAAUAUAUUGUAGAUGCCUUCAUAUAGUACUUGAAAAUUCAGCACUGAAACAUAAAGACUGUACAUCAUUCAUUAAUUAUUCAUGAAUUAACGUAUGUAUCUACAUUGUCUAUAUAUAUCUAUAUAUACAUACAUACACUACAAUUGUACACUAGCGUUCAAAAGUAGGAACCCCCUGCUACAAAAGUAAGUUGAAACUUUAUUAAUCAUGUUGUACACACAAAAUAAUUUCACAUUUAUCCCAUCCAGCUGGCACCUGCUGGAAUGCACAUGCACAGGAACACACACAUAGUGACAGAUGCCAUAUACACAUAUAUACUGGAGCGGUGGGCAUCAAUUCACAGCGGCCGGGAAGCAGAUGUUAGGGGGUGCGGUGCCUUGCUCAAGGGCUCCACGGCCAUGGCAAGGAGAUUAGACUGCCACCCCACCAGCUGUCAGUUCACCUUCCAAUUUCGAGCAGCAAGACCGAGUGGACGACCCACUCUACCACCGAGCCACGGUCGCCCCAAAACCUUGGUUCACUAAAGUCAGAUGCCAGUAAUACUCAAUAUUUGAAAUGUUCUUUCAGGCUUUUGGGUUGCAGAAAGUCCUCUUUACAAACAGAUGUUAUUUAGUACGAAGGAUUUAUAUACAGAGAACAAAAUGUUGUACAAUGGUUCAACCAGACUGAUGAGUGAGAGGACAGAGAGGAGCAAAGAUCCCUCUGAGCCACUUUAAAUAAGAAUAUCAGCAGUCACUGGUUAAAGAAACUAGAAGCUGAUUUAAACAGGAACAGUUUCCUGUUUCAGUGUCCAGAGCACAAUAAUGUCUAAAACCAGCUGGAAUGAACAGACAUGUUUAUUCAGUAAAUCUAUUCUGAAAACUUCAAACUAAAAAUACAGUACUGGAAGUGACAAAUCACAGUUUGAACCUGUUCAGUGUAACCACUGAGUAGACUGCAGAUGGUCCAAAGAGAAACAGCAUCCUAAAAUAUUUAGAGACAAAUUAUACUGUUCUAGUUCAGUCAUGAUCUCAGGUCACUUAUGUUUUUUCUGAACUGAAAAACAAAUUAAAAAUGGUUACAACAGUAUUUUUCAUUCUUCUAUACACUUUUGAGCAGUAGUGUGUAUGGAUAUAUACACAGACGGGUGACAAACUGAAGGAAAAACAAACAUGAAGUGUCUUACUAAGGUGUUUUGCCAUCACAUGCUGCCAGAGCAGCUUCAGUGUAUCUCUACUGGAGGAUAAACACUGUUCCUCCAAAAAAUAUUCCCUUGUUUGGUGUUUAGAUGAUGGCGGGGGAGAGCGCUGUCUAACACGUCGGUCCAAAAUGUCCAAUAGGUGUUCAGUUGGGUUGAGAUGUGGUUACUGUGAUGUAACAUAUGAUUUUCAUACUCAUCAAACCCAUUCAUGAUGUUUCUCCGCUCAUUUAUUCAGAGUUUUCCUUUUAUUUGUCACCCGUCUGUAUUUAUAUAUUCAUUUGUAUGUUGUGUAUACAGUCUACUGUAGCCUUUCUUUCUUUACUGUGUGAAUAUAACAUGGACAUCAUAACUUAAAGAAACUUGAAAGAGUGUGGGUUGAAUAAUAUUUUAUUGAAGGCAAGCUACAGCGUUGACAAAUGGGAUGCCAAAGUGUUUAUGUGAGCUGAAAUGGUUCUUUUAUACAGACUUCAUAUCUGAGGUACUACUGGACCAAAGUGACAUUGUAUCUGUCCUGUGUUCAUGGAAGUCAGUGUGUUAUGAAAUUAAAAACUUUUAAUGAGUCU